AUGUCCUUUGUAAGAACCAUAAGGAAAGUGUGUUUCGGCCUUUUUGUGCGCUCAUUUUUCAUUUUAUUUGGUUUGGCCAUUUCGUGGUCAGUUGUGUCAAUGGGCCUUGAUCUUCUUUCCACAACAUACGGCAUAAAAUUAGAUAGAGAUUUUCUUUAUUUUUUGCAGGGAUACUCCACAGGUUCGUACAAAAAAUACCUUAUAAACGCACAGGAGCUGUACUCCUUUGAGCCGCUUCUCUCUCUUCUCGGGAUAACAAGGCAGUCUUUUAUUACAUCAGUCCUGCAGAUAGCAUCGCGCAUAUUCAUCUCCAGGUGUGCGUGCUCCCACGAUAACAAAACGAUCACCGGUCUUAUGAUUCUUGUGUGGGGCAUAUCUGACUGCAUCAGGUUCCUGUACUACGCAUUCCCUCCUCUCAAAAAGAUAAGAUAUCUUGCCUCUCUUAUUCUCUACCCCAUCGGCAUACUCUGCGAGAUAUAUCUCAUGAUAAACAUGAAAAACAUUCUUUCGCUGAUCGGUCUGAUUGUCUACGCCCCAGGAAUAAUCUACCUGUACGGCAGAAUACGAGCGAAAAGGAACAAAAUCGUACACGCCAAAUAA